AGAUAAAAGCAUCACAGAUAAACACUUUCAUCAUCUACUGUCUACGUCAUAUCAACGGGCUUUCUCGUGGUUUAGUUUUGCACAGUGUUCUAUGAGCCAUUAGACAGCAGCAAUCACAAGAGGCUUGAUUAUUCAAAGGACCUAUCCAAUUGCUCCAAAAAGAGAGAUGUACUCUAAAAUGUUUGUUAUCUUCAGUAUUAUGGUACUUUUCUUACUGAACCAGUCAUCAGGCACACCACACAUGUCAUGCAAAGUUUCACUUGCACCGACAAUGAAUACAGGGAUAGGACAGUGUGAUGUCACAAAACUCCACCGUCAAGGAAAUCCGUACACAUGCACGUGGGUUCAAACUAAUGAGAUCAGUAAACAGACGAAAGAAAUUGCUCGAAAAAGAUUAUAUAAUUUGAAAGAUCACGGAUCCCACUUUAGUGGUAAAUGCAGCGCCAUAUUCAGUAUCACCAAAGAUUUAUCGUUGAAAUAUGAGGUACUUCUUCUGCCAGAUGGUCUUCGUGUUACUGCACGGAAGGAAGUGUAUGGAUGAGAGGUUCACCGGUCUGGACGCUAAGACUGACACUCGUACCUCGACUGGCGAAGAAUGAAUAUUUUCAUCUGAUGUAUCAGUCACGUGCUUUGGCUUGCAAACGGUUCUCUACUUUGCAUUUUUCAUUUGAUAAAAAUCAUUUUGAUUAUGACUAGCAUACAUUUUAGAAGUAAUUAACUGUCUUUUAUGUAUAUUCUUUGACUUAUUGUAAUUUGGUAAUGUAAAAGACAAAGUGUUUGUAUGGAAAAAAAUUGUUUAUAAAAUGACCUAUUGAUUAGUGAUAAAAUUUCAUUGUUUUCGUUUUUAUUAUACAAUAAUUUGAUGCAAGAUUUUUAAAUCAAUUUUGCGAAAGUAUUUGUGAUGUUGAGUUUCAAAUCUUAAUUAAAAUCUUAA